AUGGCUAAAAGCCAGAGUCGUCCUCCACGCAGAAAGGCAUGUAGCAACUGUAUCAAGUCUAAGGUACGGUGCACUCUAGAUCGACCCGCAUGCUCUCGGUGCAGGUUGACUGGCCGAACCUGCGAUUAUGGUACUACGACUACAGCCUUGGAGCAUCGCCACUUUCCUCGCCUACAAGAAACACAUAUUGGAGAAACCGAUUCGUUAGAGAGUCAAAGUGUGCCUUCGCCUUCAGUUCCAGAACUCAGCUCAAGAGUGUUGCAGACGCCACCAUCUUUGUCAUAUACUCCCAGUCCUUCUGCGAACAAUACUAUGUGGUGUCCGCCAAACCAGCAGGCUCAGGAACUUCCCAUCGAAGCGUUCUCAAAAGAGAAGGAAUUCGACUUCGAAGCGAUCAAUUUGACCCCCAGCUCAAUUGCAGAGGAUAUUCGCGACCGGUGGCUUAGGCCCUUUUUCCUGCCUGCGCACGGACGAAGUGAAACUCCAAAAGUCUGCCAUCCUCAUACCCUACAAUUUAUUGCGCGGAUUAUGAAAACAUAUCCGCGAUACAUGUUGAGGGACAGACGACCCCCUCCUAUUAUUCACCAUGUCCAGGUCAGAGAGAAUGAGACACCUCGAGCACUGGCGAACUGCUACAGUCUGGUACGUAUGUGGGAACAGGCAGUCCCAGGGAGUGAGGAGAUAGUCUUGAAUACAGUUGCACGGGAGAUGGAAAGGCUCGCUAGUGAGGUGAUAACACAUUUGAAGAGUCCAGAUCAGCAUGACUACGAGCUCUUAUCUAGCUUUCAAGCCUACCUCAUCUACUCAAUCUUAAUGUACUUUGGCCCUCGAGGCGGUUUCUCCGACACAAUCAUAAUAACUCUCAUGAAUAUGGCAUCCCAGACCGCUCGAAACGGCCUCUUCUGUGCCGCUGAGUUAGCGCGGACCAGACCGACAUGGGAAUCCUGGAUUGUCGCAGCCACGAAACGCCGUGCAAUAUUUACUCUCUAUAUUUUUAGUAACAUCUAUAACGCGGACCGUAUGCUACCCAAUUUCGUCGCCGAGGAGCUGAGAGGUGUCUAUGCCCCGGGUAAUAAGGCACUAUGGGAAGCGGCUGAUCGAGAAACGUGGAAUAAGGAGUAUGAUAGAUACUUAUUAGAUUGGCAAGAUGGAAGCUUGGAAAUAUCUGAAUUAUGGCCAUCUACGGAAAUGGAGGAGCCGGAGCGGAGGAGAAGGAUCGAACGCUGGGUUCAAACAGUUGAUGAGUUUGGCAUGAUGCUAUAUAGUGUUUGUGCCCAUAUCCAUGGUUCCUAA